AUGUCAUCCCUUCUAGCCACCCCCGCGGAAAUCUGCGAUCAGAUCCUAGGCUAUCUUUAUAAACAAGAUAUUGGAAAUUUCUCGCUAUGCUCGAAAGCAUGUCGAAAAGUCGCCCUUCCUUCGUUGUUUGCUGGGUUGGAUCUUACGCCUGAAUCUGCGGCUGCGUUUGGAGAUGGGGCGGCGUUCAGUUCGCUUCGAUCAGAUGUCCGCAAAUUAUACCUACAAGGGAGGGUAUAUUCAGGCUUCGGUCAAGAAGGCAAUAAAGACACCGUAGCAUACGUCGAAACAUUCCGUUUCUGCGUCGAGUCCAUCCGGUUAUUCCCUUCCGUAAGGAAUAUCUACAUCGAGUAUGGUUCGUACCUCUGGGAGAACCUAUGCGUCGCUCUUUGGAGAGAAGUCUCGAUGUUACCAAACCUCAAGGAAGCCAGUCGCAAAGUAAUCCACAUAGGAUUUUAUCAAGGUCAAUAUUGGAAGAGUUAUGGGGAUGCGUACCCACAUUUAUCUCCGAUUACCCAAAGCUUCGUCGGGUCGGAAGAAGUAAAUCAUGACGAGGAUAUGGAAACGUCCAAGGAUGCCCAAAUGCCGGGCGGGUUGGAAGUUAUCCGUCUAUACUCAAGGAAUACAUCGCUCGACCGAGAUGAAGAACCAUAUUUCCAAGGUUUUCCGAUUAAACACUCCAUCGAGAGUUUACGAGAACUACACAUCACCGCCCUAACAGUCAAUAUAGAAGCCGGGCCCGGAACUCUAAUACUCCCGAACGUCGUCAAGUUCAGCAUCGACGGCCACGAAAGUAAUUACGUACACCAAUGGGUCUUCCAAUGGGUUUCACGCCACUGUCCUAACGUCCAAUCCCUCAGUAUGAUCAAAGAUAUCGAUUCCCGUCCGUUUUACGUUCCUGUGUAUUUCUCACCGCAGGAUCAAUCUCCAUACUUCCCCAUGCCGAAGUUGGUAACUCUUACUUUACAGUGGUUUUUGGAAGAUCCUAUUCCUGGUGCGGGGCCUACACAGCCUCCCAAGAAGUAUAAAAGAAGACGGUUGGAGGCUCUCGUUAGGGAGUUUAUGGAUCAGGGGAUGGCGGGGUUGAAGGAGGUGAAGUUUUUUAGAAGACCGGCUUUUGGUAGUCCUGAUCAUAUUAUCGAGGGAGGGUGUAGGAUUAGUAAAGAUGAAGGGGGUGGAGGGAAGAUAAGAGUGUGGUGGAAGAAACCGUUUUAUAUAAUGCUUGGGCAGAAGAGGUUUGAGGAGGAGGAGGAGCUGGGGGAGAGUGUAGAGGGAGUGGAUAGUGAUGCUGACGAUGAUUUGGAUGAGAAUCUCCCGUGA